AUGCCCCCUCGCCAGGCCAAGAAGACACCCACCACCUCCAGGCGCCACAAGAAACCAUCCAGACCGCACCUCAACCUGCGCACGACCGAAGGCACGUCGCGCGGCAUGCCGGCGCCCCCGCAGACCCCGCCGACACUCCCCAUCACCCCGACGACGCAAGACUCGUCCUCCGUGUCGUUUACGCUGCCGAGUCCCGCCUCCGGACCGACCCAAGCUACGUCGAGCUCGCUCUCCAGGUCCCUCAAGCGUCCUCGACCCGAUACGCCGUACCCUGCCCGCGGCGGGCGUGCGCGCUCCACCGACGACUCGCUCACCCCGCCCCCGGCGAGCACGGACUCGCCCCCUCCCAGCGUAGGCGCGAACAGCGGGGCCGACACUGCUGCCAACUCGAACAAGCGGCCACGGGUCGACACGGGCAUGCCUCCGCCGCGCAACCAGGUGUCUGUCCCCGUGCCAGCCCUCGUUGACGACCUGUUCUCCCCACAACUGCAUGCUCCGCAUGCUCCGCCACUUCCGCCGCCCACAGCAUCAGGAGCGCAGUGGACGAACACCGAGCACGUCGGCUUGUUCCGCCACGUCUCGGCGCACGGGGCCACGCGGUGGGGCGACGCCGUUCCGGGCAAGACGGCGAGCGAGAGUGAAGCCGCGUGGCGGGACACGGUCGAGCCGUUCAUUGUUGCGCAGCUCCUCAGCAAGGGUGGUCCCGGAAAGGAGUGA